AUGCAUAUUAUCAAGCCUGUCUGGCUCACGCAUGGAGGUGAACGGAAAGAUUUCGAGGUCUACAGUUGCGAUGUGUCGCCCGAUGGGAAGAGGCUUGUGACCGCUGCUGGAGAUGGAUACGUUCGUAUUUGGUCCACGGAGGCUAUUCACAACACCGGAAACCCGGAAUUCGCGAGCAAGCCUAAGCAGCUUGCCUCGAUGAGCAAUCAUUCCGGCACGAUUCAUACGGUUCGCUUCUCGCCAAAUGGGAAAUACCUUGCCUCAGGGGCGGAUGACAAGAUUGUCUGCGUGUACACGCUUGAUUCGAAUCCUCCCACACACUCCACAUUCGGUUCAGACGAGGCACCUCCAGUUGAGAACUGGCGCACGAUUCGGCGAUUGAUUGGACACGAUAAUGAUGUGCAGGAUCUUGGGUGGUCGCACGACUCUUCGAUUCUAGUCUCUGUCGGACUCGACUCGAAGGUCGUCGUAUGGUCGGGUCAUACUUUCGAGAAGCUGAAGACGAUAGCUGUGCACCAGAGUCAUGUCAAGGGAAUCACAUUCGACCCGGCGAAUAAGUACUUUGCGACGGCAAGCGAUGAUCGCACUGUGCGCAUCUUCCGAUUCACCUCCCCUGCCCCGAACUCCACCUCCCACGACCAAAUGAACAAUUUCGUCUUGGAACAUACCAUCACCGCGCCCUUCGCCAACUCUCCCUUGACUGCAUACUUCCGCCGCUGCUCGUGGUCACCGGACGGUAUGCAUAUUGCUGCUGCGAAUGCCGUCAACGGUCCGGUCAGCUCCGUGGCCAUCAUUAAUCGUGGGUCCUGGGAUGGAGAUAUCAACCUCAUUGGUCACGAAGCCCCCGUCGAGGUUUGCUCAUUUUCUCCUCGCCUCUACUCUCGUGAGCCGGUGAAUAAAAAUCAGCCCGACAACCACGCCGCACAGCACCAUAUCACUGUGAUUGCGUGCGCAGGUGCAGACAAGUCACUCAGUGUCUGGAUCACGAGCAAUGCACGCCCAAUCGUGGUUGCACAGGAGAUGGCGGCCAAGUCCAUCUCGGAUCUGGCAUGGAGUCCUGAUGGAAAGUGUCUCUACGCUACGGCCCUGGACGGCGCUAUUGUGGCGGUGCGUUUCGAGGAUGGCGAGCUAGGCUGGGCUGCGGAGAUGGAAGAGAACGAGAAAUCGCUCACCAAGUUCGGAACGAAUCGCAAGGGUGCCGGUAUCACAGAGACUACCGAUGGGCUUCUUCUAGAAGAGAAGAGCAAGGCUGGUGAACUGAAGGGCGUUGAGGGCCGCAUGGGCGCGCUAAUGGGUGAUGGCCAUGCAGAGCCCGCUGUGAAUGGAGUAUCCGCUCCACAACCGUCGAAUGGCACUACGCCUGCUCGAGUCCCAUCGCCAGCUCCAGAUUCGACCAAGACUCAGACGAAUGGAACCUCCACGCCGGCCACAGAAGCGCCGAAACCAGACCCUUAUCUAGCAAAGUUGGAGAGGUUGAAGCAACGGCCGACGUACACGAAAGAGGGCAAGAAACGUAUUGCGCCUUUGCUCGUUUCCGGAGCUGGAGCUGGAGAAUCAUCACUCCCCCAGGCUCGACUGAUGGCUUCCGUCAGUAGUCAGGUGAAGGCAGAUACUCCUACGUCACUCGUUGACCUUUCCAAACCAUUUGAUGGCCUACCAAAGGGUGGUCUGACUGCUCUACUCUUCGGAAACAAGCGCAAACUUGCACAGCUGGAAGGCGAUGAAGAAGGGCAGGUCGAGAAGCGUGUGGCUGUUGCCAGUCAGAAUGGCGCUACUCCCAUCAUGGCAAACACUCUCGAUGGCCUGCUUCCAGCAGUCGUGCAACCCCCAGCUACUGGCCAACAACCAACUCCUGAUUUUAUUCGACCUGCAGUUACGAACCCGUGCAUGUCGAUUAGUCAGGUCCGGCUGGCGGUGCCCAAGAUUCGCAGUCAUAUUUUGCGCGCACUUGAUCCCAAUGGAAAACCUACAGAACCGCCGGCCCAAGCUGGUGACUCAAAUGCUAAAGAUAAAGGCCGCAUUGACGUCGUGUUUGAAGCGCGGAAUCCCUCGCCGGCUAGUCUGACUGGACGGGCAGUGGACCGUGAGCCUGUUCGUUUGACCUUGUUCCGCGGCGAGCAGCCAUUGUGGCAAGACUUCUUGCCCAAAUCUGUGCUCCUUGUCACGGGUAACCAGAAUUUGUGGGCAGCUGCUUGCGAAGAUGGCUCUAUCUAUCUGUGGACGCCGGCAGGUCGCCGCUUGGUAAGCGCGCUGGUCCUGGAAGCACAGCCGGUUAUUUUGGAGUGCAAUGGUCCCUGGAUUCUCUGCAUUUCUUCGGUUGGAAUGUGUUAUGUCUGGAACGUGAAGCACCUAUCCUCUCCCCACCCACCUGUAUCCCUGCAACCCGUUCUUGAUGCGGCCAUUCACACACUCGGCGGAAAUCCUACCGCAGGCCCCGCCGUCACAGACGCGCGCAUCAACUCCGAAGGUCGGAUAGUUGUAUCGCUGACAAACGGCGAAGGCUACUCCUACUCACCAGCAAUGUACACAUGGCAACGCGUCUCAGAAGCUUGGUGGGCCGUCGGCAGCCAAUAUUGGAACUCCACCGAUGCGCCGGUGGGCAACCUCCAAGCCAGAGAAGCCAACCAAGAUACCAAAGAUGCCAAAGCAGCCGUCUCCGCCGGUAUAAUCCCCUUCCUGGAACGCAACACUACCAACGAAACCCUCCUACGUGGCCGUGCGUACUUCCUCCAACGUCUUAUCAAGGUCUUACUCUCGCGCGAGGGCUACGAAACAUUCGAGUCCAGCGUGUCCAUUGCCCAUCUUGAGAACCGCAUGGCGGCUGCUCUGUCACUAGGUGCUAAGGAGGAGUUCCGGUUGUACCUGAACAUGUAUGCCAAGCGUAUUGGUGCGGAAGGGUUGAAGGGGAAGGUUGAAGAGUUACUUAAGGGGUUGAUUGGUGGAUUGUUUGACGAUGAGGAUGGGUCAGAGACUGCCUCCAGGUUGCAGGCUAAUGAGCGCGAGGGUCGUAAUUGGCGGGAGGGUUCGGAUGACUUGUGUGGCUGGCCACGGGAGACUUUGUUGAAGGAGGUCAUUCUUGCUCUUGGUAAAUAUCGCGAACUUCAGCGGGUCACGGUCCCCUACGCUAAGCUUCUGGACAUGGUUGAUACCGUGUCUGAAGCUGGCGACGCGAUGGAUCUAUAA